GCUACCCUUCCACGCCAUUUCUUCUGCUACGACUCACUCUCACUCUCACUUCCUCGACCUCGCUUACACUUGGAGAGCGCGUGAUACACACCACCCAUCGGGAAUCUCUCCCUCCGGCGCACAUUACUCCUUUUCCGACGACGAUCAGCGUUGUUCAUCAGUGUUGCAGAAAAGGGAUUGUUUGGUACGAUGAGUGCGAGAAGAAGUGGUGGAAAUUUCAAGGGAAAAGAUGUCUCUGGAGGAAGUAGCCCCAAGAUUGAAGAGUUGAGUCAUGGUGUUGCAGACGUUAGCCUGGGUUCGGCCAAGGGUGACGGAGAGUGGGAGGUGAUUGCCAGGAAGUCAAAGAACAGAGCUGGAAGCAGUGCUGCAAGACAAUGGGGUACUCAAAGUUCUAAUUCUAAAGCUUGGACACCGGUCGAUGCUCAGAAGCCAAUGCGGAACAAUGGUGGAUCAGGAAGGGGUGCCGGAAACUUCUGGCCUUCACAAACUUCUAAUACGAGAAAACCAGCGGGAAGAGGAAAUGUGAUUCCCCCUCCACUGGACCAUGGAUGGAACUGGCAAUCCAGAGCUGGUUUCACUCAACCCAAGGGUUCAGAUGAUUUCCACGGAAAAGAUGAUAAGGACAGUGAUGCGGCUGCUGCUGAUGCUGCCAAUGAUGAUGAUGACAACUCUGAUGCUGCGGGUGAUACCGACGAUGAGCUGUUCAGCGAUGAGUUUGACUCGGAUUCAAGUGAAAAGAGCCAUGAAACUCGAAAAAAUAGCAGAUGGUUCAAGAAAUUCUUUGAGAUUUUGGAUAGUUUAACUGCUGAUGAGAUUAAUGAUCCUGCUAGGCAGUGGCACUGUCCUGCAUGUCAAGGAGGUCCUGGUUCCAUUGAUUGGUACCGAGGCCUGCAGCCCCUGAUGACACAUGCCAAAACAAAAGGAUCAAAAAGGGUAAUGCUCCAUAGAGAGCUUGCAGAGCUUUUGGAUGAGGAGUUGAGGAGGAAGGGAACUACAGUUGUACCUGCUGGUGAAGCUUUUGGUAAAUGGAAAGGUUUGAAAGAUGAGGAAAAAGAUCAUGAAAUUGUCUGGCCUCCUAUGGUUGUCAUCUUAAACACUAAACUUGAGCAGGAUGAAGAUGACAAGUGGAUUGGCAUGGGAAAUCAGGAGCUUCUUGACUACUUCAGCUCUUAUGCUGCUGUGAGAGCUCGACACUCAUAUGGUCCUCAAGGACACCGUGGGUUGAGCGUUUUGAUCUUUGAGGCCUCUGCAAGGGGUUAUUUGGAGGCUGAGCGUCUUCACAAGCAUUUUACAGAGCAAGGAACUGAUAGAGAUGCAUGGGACCGUCGUCGUGUUUUAUUUCAUCCUGGUGGGAAGCGACAGCUCUAUGGGUACAUGGCAAUGAAAGAAGACAUGGACAGUUUUAACCAGCAUUCUCAAGGUAAAUCUAAGCUGAAAUUUGAGAUGAGAUCAUACCAGGAGAUGGUCGUGAACCAAAUCAGGCAAAUGAGUGAGGACAACCAACAGCUUAUGUGGUUUAAGAACAAGGUUGCUAAGGAACAGAGACAUGCAAAAGCCCUUGAGGAAUCUCUGGGUAUAGUGAGUGAAAAGCUCAGGAAGACGACGGAGGAAAAUCGUAUUGUAAGACAGAGGACCAAAUUGCAGCACCAAGAGAACAAAGAAGAGAUGUAUCUGCAAGAACAAUUUUUCAAAGACCAGAUCAAGAUAAUUCAUGAAUCAAGGGAUGCAAAGGAAGAAAAUUUUGAGAGGCUGCAGCAGGAGGAACGUGACAAGGUGAAGCACUCAUAUCUCAACCCUUCAAACGCAGAGGAACAAAAAUACAGGUCGGAGGAAAUUGAAAACUUCAUCAAGUCUCAAGAAAAAGAGAUGGAAGAAUUUGUGGCAGAGCGGGACAUGCUGAUGAAGGGUCAUGAAGACAAUAAAGCUGCAAUGAAGCGGAGGCAUUGGGAGGAAGAGGUAGAACUGGAGAGGGAUUUUGAUGCCAAAUUAACCCAUCUCAUGGAGAAGUAUUCCCCACACCUCCCGGAAGAAAUUGCUAAAUGACUUUGGAGGUUAGAAAAGAGUGAGAGUGGCACAUGAGCUAUAAGUCACUGAAAGUUUAGGGUAUUUUAAUCUCUUUCAUGGUCUGGUUAAUCAUAGAUUCCAAGAAUUGUGCCUGGAAGGAAAAGGCAAAGAAGCAAACGUUUUGAGUGUGGUAUUUUAGAGAUGUCACGUUACUUGGCAUCAGUUUCGUUGUAUCUCAGUUUGGUUUAAAUGCUGUUUUCAGCUUGCUAAUAUUAGCUACUAGCGAUAUUUCUUUUUAUUCGUGAUAUUUCUCUUUAUUCGUAAGUGGGAGGAAUGAGUUUGAUAUUA